AUGACGGUGCUGCAGGAACCCGUCCAGGCUGCUAUAUGGCAAGCACUUAAUCACUAUGCUUACCGUGAUGCAGUGUUCCUUGCAGAGAGAUUGUAUGCUGAAGUACACUCAGAAGAAGCCCUCUUUUUGCUGGCAACAUGUUACUACCGCUCAGGAAAGGCCUACAAAGCAUACAGGCUCCUAAAGGGACACAGCUGUACUACCCCACAGUGUAAAUACCUGCUUGCAAAAUGUUGUGUGGACCUCAGCAAGCUUGCAGAAGGAGAGCAGAUCUUAUCUGGUGGAGUCUUGAACAAACAGAAAAGCCAUGAUGACAUUGUUAUGGAGUUUGGUGACUCUGCAUGCUUUACCCUCUCCUUACUGGGACAUGUCUACUGCAAGACAGACCGGCUUGCCAAAGGAUCAGAAUGUUACCAAAAGAGCCUUAGUUUAAAUCCUUUCCUCUGGUCCCCUUUUGAAUCACUAUGUGAAAUUGGUGAAAAACCAGACCCUGACCAAACAUUUAAACUAACAUCUUUACAGAACUUCAGCAGCUGUCUGCCCAACACUUGCACAACAUUGGUGUCUAAUCACAACAUAUCCCACAGGCAGCCAGAGAGUGUCCUGAUGGAAACACCACAAGACACAAUUGAGUUGAACAGAAUCAACCUAGAAUCCUCCAACUCAAAAUACUCCUCCUUGAACACAGAUUCUUCCAUGUCUUACAUUGACCCAGCUGUGAUUUCCCCAGACUCCCUCGGGUCAGGAACUGCCAUGUUUUCAAAACCGCCUCAAAGCAAACCAAAAACCGGGCGGAGUUUCCUGGGAGGCCCUGCAGCUUUGACCCCUUUAACUCCAAGCUUUGGAAUUUUGCCACUAGAUACCCCAAGCCCUGGAGAUGGAUCCUAUUUACAAAACUACACAAACUCUUCUUCUGUAAUUGAUGUGCCAGCCACAGGAGCACCUUCAAAGAAGAAACUUUGUCUUAUGCAGGCUGUCAGCAGGAUCAGCCAAGCUGGAACCAAGUCUGUCUUCUCACAGAGUGGAAACAGCCGGGAGGUCACUCCAAUUUUUGCACAAACACAGAGCUCUGGACCACAGACAAGUACAACACCUCAGGUAUUGAGCCCAACGAUUGCUGCUCCACCAAACGCACUGCCUCGAAGAAGCUCCCGUCUGUUUACUAGUGAUAGCUCUACAACAAAGGAAAAUAGCAAGAAAUUAAAAAUGAAGUUUCCACCGAAGAUUCCAAACAGAAAAACAAAAAGUAAAACAAAUAAGGGAGGAAUAACCCAACCAAACUUAAAUGACAGUUUGGAGAUCACCAAACUGGACUCUUCCAUCAUUUCAGAAGGGAAAAUUUCCACUGUUACACCACAGAUCCAAGCUUUCACACUACAGAAAGCAGCAGCAGAAGGUUUGAUGAGCCUCCUCCGUGACAUGGGCAAAGGUUAUUUAGCCCUCUGUUCAUACAACUGCAAGGAAGCUAUAAACAUCUUAAGCCAUUUGCCAUCCCAUCACUACAACACUGGCUGGGUGCUGUGCCAAAUUGGGAGAGCCUACUUUGAACUGGCAGAGUACAUGCAGGCCGAGAGGAUAUUUUCAGAAGUAAGGAGGAUUGAAAACUACAGAGUGGAGGGCAUGGAGAUCUACUCCACUACACUGUGGCACCUGCAGAAAGAUGUUGCCCUUUCAGUUCUUUCAAAGGAUUUGACAGACAUGGAUAAAAACUCACCUGAGGCCUGGUGUGCUGCAGGGAACUGUUUCAGCUUGCAGCGAGAGCAUGACAUUGCCAUCAAGUUCUUCCAGAGAGCCAUUCAGGUUGAUCCCAACUAUGCUUAUGCCUACACCCUGCUGGGGCAUGAGUUUGUGUUGACAGAAGAACUAGACAAAGCAUUAGCUUGUUUUAGAAAUGCAAUCAGAGUCAACCCCAGACACUAUAAUGCAUGGUAUGGCUUGGGAAUGAUUUAUUACAAGCAGGAAAAAUUCAGCCUAGCAGAAAUGCAUUUCCAGAAAGCACUUGAUAUCAACCCUCAGAGCUCAGUCUUACUGUGUCACAUUGGAGUAGUCCAGCAUGCACUGAAAAAAUCUGAGAAGGCUUUGGAUACUUUAAACAAAGCCAUCAACAUCGACCCCAAGAACCCACUAUGCAAAUUCCAUAGAGCUUCUGUAUUGUUUGCAAAUGAGAAGUAUAAGUCUGCUUUACAAGAACUUGAAGAACUGAAACAGAUUGUUCCCAAAGAGUCUCUUGUUUACUUUUUAAUAGGAAAGGUCUAUAAAAAACUGGGUCAAACACAUUUGGCCCUAAUGAAUUUCUCUUGGGCAAUGGACUUAGAUCCCAAAGGAGCCAAUAACCAGAUUAAAGAGGCCAUUGAUAAACGUUACCUUCCAGAUGAUGAGGAACCAAUCACUCAAGAAGAGCAAAUCAUGGGCACAGACGAGUCCCAGGAGAGCAGCAUGACGGAUGCAGACGACACACAGCUCCACGCAGUGGAAAGUGAUGAAUUUUAA